AUGGCCUUGUAUUUGCAGUUUGGGGAUAGUUUUUGGCACCCUGCUCAUAUGCGCUCCAUCACUCUUGGACAGAUUGCUAGCAUCACAGUCAAUCCUGAUGACCUGGAGGCUUAUUUUGAAGCUUGUGCUGGCAUGUGGCUGAACGAACCAUUGCACCAUUGGCACAAAGAAUUUUACAAUCAUGAUCUUCAGUAG